AGCAAGCGCCACUGUCAUUUUUGUACAACUGCAGCGCUCCAUACUACAUACAGGUAUACAGGGGUCUGCUUGGUUGUGCCUGCUUGUUCCUCUGGAUCCUGUUCCUGCUGACAGGGCCCCCAUAUAAACCCUUUAAGCAUAUUUAUUUACCCUGCCUGUCGAAAUAAAAUUUGGCAGACACGCGUUGAAUGGUCAUACACGCUGCUUUAUAUCGACGUGGAAUCGACACGGGAAACGUCAAUAUGAUAUUUGUUCCGGAGAUUUCUUAAAGUUAUAGCCUCUUAAGACGCGUGGGAGCAUGGUAUGACAGGAAAUCAUGGGUCCCACGAUCCUUUGCGUGGCGGAGAAGCCUAGCAUCGCGAAGGCUGUUGCAGGACAUCUUGGCGGAGGAUCUUUUGCGACAAGAAAUGUGACUGGCGCCCAGUAUACCAAGAACUAUGACUUCACUUUCAAUUUCGGCCCACCAUGGGGAGCGUGUAAUGUUACCAUGACAAGCGUACUUGGGCAUUUGACCGAAGUAGAUUUCGGUCCCGAGUUUAAAGAUUGGAGAUAUCCUCCCCCCCGCAAGUUGUUUGACGGUCGUGUUCAUGUCAAAGUCCACAAUGACAAAGCGGCUAUUGCAAGGAAUAUCGAGACCCAAGCCAGGAAUGCCAGAAUCCUCUUCAUAUGGACUGAUUGUGACCGCGAAGGGGAACAUAUCGGUAAUGAAGUUAGAGAACAGGCAGUCAAAGGCAAUUCGUCCAUCGAAGUCAAGAGAGCAAAGUUCAGCAACAUAGAACGAGUACACGUCAUAAAUGCAGCUAAACAUCCUAUAGACCUUGAUAGCCGUCAAGUGGAUGCAGUUGCAACUCGCAUUGAGCUUGAUCUAAGAAUCGGUUUUGCAUUUACUCGCUUUCAAACUCUCUCACUCCAGUCCCUUGGAGGCCCAUUAGGAGGUGCCAAAAUUUCUUACGGCUCAUGCCAGUUUCCCACUCUUGGCUUUGUCGUCGAUCGAUAUUUGAAGGUUCAAAACUUCGUGCCAGAACCGUUCUGGAGUAUAAAGGUCACUCAUACUCGUGACAAUAUUGACGCAACAUUUCACUGGAAUCGGAACCGGCUUUUUGACCGUGCUGCCGUCACAAUACUGUUCGAGCGAUGUCUCGACGCGAAAGUAGUAAAAGUCACCAAGGUCCAGCAAAAGCCGACCAAUCGAUGGAAGCCACUACCGCUCACUACAGUUGAGCUGCAAAAAAUGGCCAGUCGAUUCCUGCGUAUGAACAGUCAGACCGCAAUGAAAGUGGCAGAGGACCUCUACAACAAAGGAAUGAUCAGUUACCCCCGAACAGAAACGGAUAUAUUUGACAAGGGCAUGAACCUCAAAUCACUUGUUGAGAAGCACACACAAGACAACAGAUGGGGACCAUUUGCCCAGAAUUUAGUCAACGGGGGCUUCCACUGGCCUCGUGCAGGGCGAAAUGACGACAAAGCACAUCCGCCGAUUCAUCCCAUUGCUGCCUACAAUGCAGACCGGAAUAGUGACGAGGGCCGCCUUUACGAGUUUGUUGUCAGGAGAUUCCUGGCAUGUUGCUCUGAAGAUGCCAUUGGAACCGCAACAGAUAUCGAGCUACAAUAUGGCCCCGAAGCUUUUCAUGCCCAUGGAGUUAUAGUACUGGAGCGCAAUUUCCUGGACGUUUACCCUUAUGAGAAUUGGACGGGAAAUAUGCUCCCGAAGUUCACUCUUGGGGAACAGUUCGAGCCGAAAGAAGCCACUCUUACUGAUGGCAAGACCGUGUCUCCAGGAUAUCUUACCGAACCCGAUCUUAUUGCCUUAAUGGACGCCAAUGGUAUUGGAACAGAUGCUACAAUGGCCGAACAUAUAGCAAAAAUUAAGGACCGUGGAUACGUCAUGACACAGUCAAGGGGAGAUGGUAAUGUGACUGUUAGGGAGGACGGUGCAUCAGCAAGAGGCCGAGGUGCUGGCCGUGGUCGAGGCAGAGGGAGGGGGCGGGGAGGGGCUGCUGCCGCUGAAAGUGGAAGGUCAAGCGGAGGCGUGGAGGAAUUCAUACCAACGACUCUUGGAGUCGCGCUAAUAGAAGGAUACGACAAUAUCGGCUUCGAGGAGAAGCUGAGCAAGCCGUUUUUACGGAAGGAACUGGAGCUCCAGCUUAAGGCCAUCUGCGACGACUGA